CAAGGAAAAACUCAAAGCAUUCUGUAGAAGUAAGACAGCACUCUCACAACUCAAAAGGUUUUCUGCAAAGUUCGUCGCAAAUGGCUCUGAUUCCAAGCAUUUUCGGUGGUCGCCGGAGCAACGUUUUCGACCCCUUCUCUCUAGACAUAUGGGAUCCUUUUGAGGGCUUCCCGUUCCCCAGCGCUCUCGUCUCUGUUCCGUCCUCUGCUCGCGAUACCUCUGCAUUUGUCAAUGCUAGGAUUGAUUGGAAAGAGACACCGGAAGCUCACGUAUUCAAGGUUGACCUUCCCGGGUUGAAGAAGGAAGAGGUGAAGGUGGAGGUUGAAGAAGGUCGCGUGCUGCAGAUCAGUGGAGAAAGGAGCAGAGAGCAGGAAGAGAAGAAUGAUACAUGGCACAGGGUGGAGAGAAGCAGUGGGAAGUUCUUGAGGAGGUUCAGGUUACCGGAAAAUACAGAGAUGGACCAGGUCAGGGCUAGCAUGGAGAACGGCGUGCUUACUGUGACUGUUCCAAAGGAAGAAGAGAAGAAGCCCGAAGUCAAGUCUAUUCAGAUUUCUGGUUAAAUGUCAUCUUUCUUGUUCUCCGUUUCUUCAGUCCCAUGUUGGAAUUGUGAUUGCAAAUUCUGAAAAUUUGUGGGUUGGCAUGAAAUAAAAAUUCUGAAUGUAA